AUGGCGGCGGUUUUGGAGCUGGUGCUGCGCGGGGAGGUGACGGCCGAGGCGGCGGUGCGCUGGCUGGCCCGACCCGACGCCGCCGCCGACGACCAGGGGGAGGCCCGGGAGUGCGGCCCGCUGCGCCCGCUCCGCCCGCUGCGCCCGGACUUCGUGCCCUUCCUGCUCAACUUCCUGCGGGACCAGAGCGGCCGCCUCCUGCCCACGGGGCCCCCGGCCCCCGCCAAGACCCCCGCCAAGGCCCCCGCCGCCCUCCCCGCCGCCGACCCCGCCCCGCCGCCGCGCCGCGGGGGCCGGAGGGAGCGCGCCGAGCCGGCCGCCUUGGGGGGCCCCGCCCUCGGCUCCCCCGCCCGGGCCCCCAACCUCGACAACCUGGAGGAGUUCCCGCCCGUGGGCUCCGCCCCCCCCGCCGCCCCGGGCAGGACGAAGCCGUCCCGCCGGAUCAAUCCUACACGAGUGAGCGUGGAGCGACCGCUCUCCAAGCCCAAGACCUGCUUCACCUCACCCCCCAUCGGCCGGAGCCCCGGUCCCCAGCCUCCCGCUCGGAACACCGACGCCUGGGGGACCGGCUUCUCUCCGGGCUGCAGCAGCUUACAGGAGGAACGAGAGAUGCUCAGGAAGGAGCGGUCUAAGCAUCUGCAGCAGUCGCCCUCCCCCGCGGGCCCCGUGCCGGAACCCGGUCCCUCGGCCCCCAGCUGGACUGGGGGCGUCCCAGGAGAGCCCGCUGACCCUACCAGGGUUUCUGGCCGGCAGCAGCUGGAAUUGGUAGCCCUGGUCUACUCGUCCUGCAUCGCCGAGAACCUGGUUCCCAGCCUGUUCUUGGAGCUGUUCUUCGUCCUGCAGCUACUCACCGCCCGAGGGAUGGCGGAGGCUGAGGAGGAGAGACUAGACUCCAGACCCGGGGUUCCAGGUGUCUUGGAGAGGCCGCUCUUCCAGAGUAUCCACGACUGCGUGUUCUUUGCGGUGCAGGUCUUGGAGCACCAGUUCCAGGUCCUUUCGUACCUGGACAAAGGGACGUUGAAGCUGCUGGCCGAGAACGAGCGGCUGCUCCACUUCUCCCCGGCUCUGCAGGGUCGACUUCAGGCCGCUUUUGAGGAAAGCACCGCCAAGGUGUCUCUGCUGACGCCCCCCUCCGCCCACGCUGUCUCCUUUCAGCCGGAGACCGACAACCGAGCCAACUUUCCUAAUGACCGGGCUUUCCACACCUUCAAGAAGCAGAGGGAUGUGUUUUACGAGGUCCUUCGGGAGUGGGAGGACCGGCACGAAGAACCCGGCUGGGAUUUCGAGAGAGGCCUGGGCAGCAGGAUCAGGACCAUGAUGAUUCAACUCUCGGCCGCUUCCGGCCACAGCCACUUUGCUCGGCUCUUCCAGAAGCAGCUCCUGCAGAUGUGCCAGCGCCCGGGCGGGUCUGGGGGAACCGCCUGGGGCGAGGCACCCGACCCCGACGUGGUGAGCGUGCUGGGAGCCGACAAGCUGGGGCGACUGCGGCAACUGCAGGAGCGCCUGGUGGCCCCGCAGAGCGGGGGCGGGCCCUGCCCACCUCCCACCUUCCCUGGAUGCCAGGCCUUUUUCCGGGACUUCAUCUUGAGCUCGAGCAACUUUCAGUUUAACCAGCACCUGGUGGACAGCCUGAGCCUGCAGAUCCGAGAGCUCAAUGACCUGCCCCUUCCCCACCCUGGGCCCACUGAGGAAGGGGAAGCGGACGUGGAUCGGCAGGAUGAACGGAGGCAGUUUGCCGCGGUGCUCCUCAGCUUGCGGCUCCUGGCCAAGUUUCUGGGCUUCGUGGUCUUCCUCCCCUACCGCGGUCCCGAACCGCCCCCAACCCGUGAGGUGCAGGAUUCAGCCCUGGCCCUCAGGAGCCAGACGCCACCAGCUCUGGACGUGCUGACGUUGCUGAGGCAGGGCCUGCGGACCCGCCGGGUGGUGCUGACGGUGCCCUGGCUGGCCGAGUUCCUUUCCCUGGCCGACCACGUCGCCCCCCUGCUGGAUUAUUACCGGACCGUCUUUGUCCUCCUGCUGCAGCUGCACCGGCGCCUGAUCCUGACAGAGGAGGCCGACGGGGAGAUGAACGUCCUAAACAAGUUGCUGCUCCUUGCGGUGCUGGGCUGGCUCUUCCAGGUCCCCACGGUGCCGGAGGACUUGUUCUUCCUGGAGGAGGCCAGGCCACAGGCUGGGGAGUUGGACCCAGUGCCCUUAGGCCAAGGGCUGGACACUAUGCCCGUGGUUGAUCAGCAGCUCCUCUACACCUGCUGCCCUUUCCUUGGGGAGCUCCGGAAGCUGCUGGCCUCUUGGGUGUCGGGCAGCGGUGGCUUCAUGAGAAAAAUCACCCCCACCACGGCUGAAAACCUGGGUUCUCAGCGCCCCCAGACCUACCAGGGAGUGCAGGCCGAGCUGGCCCAGGCUUUCUUCCACAACCAACCGCCCUCCCUGCGGAGGACCGUGGAGUUUGUGGCCGAGAGGGUCGGAUCCAAUUGUGUCAAGCACAUCAAGGCCACGCUGGUGGCGGAGCUGGUGAGACGGGCGGAGUCGCUGCUGCAGAAGCAAGUGCAGGAGGCCGAAGACUCAGCCCGCCUGCUGGAAGUUGUGUGUGCCCAGCUGUGCCCCGAGGGGACGCGAGCUCUGGCCCUGGGGCGCAAGUUCUGUCGGCAGAAGGGUCCGCAGGCCAUUCGGGUGUUGCUCCCGGAGGAGACCUCCGAAGCUGUCUUACACAGCGCGGAGGACAUUGCGGCGGAACUGGCGACAGAGAAAGCCUGCGCCUGGCUGUCGGCCAACGUCACAGCGUUGAUUCGCAGGGAGGUGAAGGCUGCCGUAGGCCGGAUGCUGAGAGCCCAGAGCCAAACGGUGGCCACCCAGAGAGAGCAGAGGGGCUGCUCCUGCACUUGUGAGCACCGUGCUCCCCUCCCCUCCCACCUCAUCUCCGAGAUCAAAGAUGUGCUCUCUCUGGCUGUAGGACCCCGAGAUCCGGGGGAAGAGAUUUCCUUAAAUCAUCUGGACGGACUCCUGGGACAGCUGGGCCGGGCUCUGCGGUGCCGCCAGUUCCUGUGCCCCACCUCUGAACAGCAGCUGGCCAGGUGCUCCGUGGAGUUGGCCUCGUUCCUUGUCGCUUUCCGUAUCCCAACCCGGCCGAGAAUGGAUGUGGGAGGCUCCCGGAGACUUCUACAGAGGCUGCUCGUCUUGUGGAGCGAGGACUUCCGGGUGCCCGUCCCCCUGCAGUCGCUGCUCAGCUCGAGAAGCGUAGGGCUCCUCGUGGAGCCACAGCCCCGACAGUGGGACUCGCUCCUGUUCCUGCUCCGGGAGCUGGUGGAUCAGGGCCUAAUGGGAAGGAAAGAAGUAGAGAUCUGCCUGAGCGACCUCCACAAGACCCCCUGGCCUCGGGACUUCUCCGAGGAGCUGGCCAAGCUGUGCUGCCUGUUCCUGGCCGAACCUCCUGCCCCGGGACCGCGGCUGAGGACUUGUGAACUGGUGGCGUCCCCUCAGGGGACGGUGCUGGCCCAGAGUUAGAGCCGGCUGCCGGCUCUGCCCCGAGCCCAUUUCCAGAGCUCCGAGCCCGGCCUCUUGUCCCCGACUGGGAGGAGGGAGGCCGGGCCCCGCGCCGGCCCCCGAAGGAGCCGCCAGACCGGCGCCGCUGCGGGGGGACGGCUCUCCCGGUUCUGGUGACCCUCCCGGCGGUCGGGUCUCUCGUCUCAGACGGGGGAGUGUCCACGGGUGCUCGGUCCCUUCCUCCGAAUCGCAAGCCGUGCAAUAGAGAGGAUCCGUUUCAAGACGGGGCCGGCGAGGGUGCGUCGCCGUCCGCCGAGGGAGAGGACGGAGCUGCCUUUAUUCCCCUGGCUCCUUUUUUUAACGGAAGCGCAAGGGAGGCGGGGUGGGAGGGACGUCAGCUGGUGACUCCGCGUUAGGCCGAUGAUCUGAAGGGGACCAGCCCGCUGCCCUCCAGGGUCACCCGCGGAUAUCGUGUUUUUAGCAAAUGGGGAGAGACGAUAGUCUUCCUGCUCGUUUUUAAUGGAGAAUGGAGAGGGCUAAAUCCAGCUCUCUGGGAGGCCCGUCUGUCCUUCCAGCUGGAACUGGGCCAGUUUUUCCUGGCUCAGGGGAAACCAUGCCUCCCCACCCUGCCAACCAGUUGCAAGGAGCUCGGGACGGGCCGUUAUCCCCGCCUGGAGCCGAAGCCAGAGCCGUCCUGGCCCUGGAACUCUGAAGAGGAGCAUCCUGGAUUGGAUGGGGCCGUGGGAACUUAUUUUUUUUUAAAUAAAAUACCUGUUUGCCAAGGA